AUGCCGGCUGAAGCUCCUAACUUCUCUGCCAUUCGAGAGAAACUUCAGGAUCGUUUCAGCAAGAGAGCCUGCUUGUGGCAACUCAAAGUUACAGAUGCGUUCCUGCAAAAUGAUCGUGAUAUUAUCUGCAUGGCGGGGACAGGGAUGGGAAAAACACUUGCCUUCUGGUCGCCGUUAGCUCUCAAAAACACGGGUGUCUUAAUCGUCGUGACUCCACUUAACCAGCUAGGGAAACAGAGUGUCAACUUCCUCGAAAAGGCCGGUAUCCCAAGCAUUUCGAUCUCUGCUGAGACAGCAAGCAGAGCAAAUUUCCGUGACAUAGAAGACUUGCAUUACCGUGCGAUUAUAACCAGCCCAGAACAACUGAUGAAGCCAGGUGGAGAAUUCGAGAAGCUGUUGCAAAACGUUGACUUCGCCUCGAAAUUAAUUGGCAUCAUAUUUGAUGAAGCACACUGCAUUGUGACCUGGGGAGAUUUUCGGUCAGAGUACAAGGACUUGGGGCGCUUGCGUUAUAUCCUACCUUGUCAGGUACCUUUCAUGAUCGCAUCAGCAACGUUCACGUCAGAUGCUCUGAGAGACAUACGUAGGCUCCUUCACAUCCGAUCAGAAAAGCUCACCACCAUUCACGUAUCCACGGACCGUCCAAACAUCAAGAUUGGAGUCCACAAAAUCAAACACUCCCUUGCGUCAUACGCAGAUCUCGCGUUCCUCAUACCUACCGGCAUAAAGUCACACGAUCCAUCACCACCAAAAUUCCUCGUUUUUUUCGACAGCAUCCAAGAUGGCAUCAGCGCCACAAAGUACUUGCAGGCGCGUCUCCCGCCAGAUCUACGAGACAAAGUCAAAUGGUUCAACUCCAACAUGACUACCGAAUUUAAGGAGGACGAAGUCACAAACCUCGUUGCUGGAGAUACGUGGGGUCUGUGUACCACGGAGGCGUUUGGAAUGGGAAUGGACGUACCAGAUGUGACUUUGGUCAUUCAGUGGCGAGCAUCGUGCAAGUUGUCUGCCCUCUGGCAGCGGUUUGGUCAUGCAGCUAGGGACCGUGCAGUGGAAGGGACUGCAUUGCUGUUUGCAGAAAAAGAGUAUUUUGAUGAUGUACGUGAAGAUAAGCGUAAGCGUCAGGAGCGUAAAAAGAAAGCAACAGACGCACCGGAAGAUCAACCGGAUACCAAACGCCGCAUAAUUAACAGUUCGACUGCUAUUGGUAUUGCACACCCAGAAGGAGACAAUAGUGCCCAGGCUACUAGUAGUGGCUCAGCGGCAAACAUACCUACGGUUAUAGUUACUGACACGCAGUUGAAGGAAUUAAUGAGACCACCGGCAGGCACAUUGGAGAGGGUAUCAAGGCAGAGGAGAGAGAAUGAAUUGGAUCGAGCAAUGGAUUUGUUGAUCAAUGCCAAUUAUCGUGGUGUUGGGUGUCGUCGGAAGAUAUUUAAUAUCCAAUUUGACAACGGAUCAGCAGGUGCGACUUUCCUAUACUAUAUUAAUAAUCGUAAUAAUAUUUUAUAG